ACAGUAUUAGUAGGUCUUUUAAAACUAGCUCACGAGUCAUUACUAACCAAGUAGAAAAAAUAGUUGGAGUAAAAAAAAAACUGUUCAAACGUCAAAAUUUGUUCCAUCAUUCACCCGACGUGCAAAUGAAUAAAAGUAUAUCAUGGCUGAACGAGCCAUGAACACCGGAAAUUUCUCUCACAUGUUUGGGCCGCUCAAUUUUCCCACCUGCAAUUCUUCGAAAUGUAAAUCGCAGUUUAUUGAACUGGACGAUAGACCUCAAGAUACUAGAUGCCUGCUGUGCGAAGAGACGUAUUUGCUUCCUAACAAUCAACAAGAAAUGUUGACGCAUAUUUUCACACAGCAUCGGCUUGUCAUCGGGGAUGUUGAGAAAAUUGCGUCCCUCAAAAGCUACAUUCAUUACUGGAGGGUGAAACUAAGCGAAGCUCCAUUGACACAAUUCUGCACUUCCUUACUGAUGGAUUGCACCCCCGAUGGAAAGCCAAGUAAAAACGAACCGUACUUCUUGCUAUCUGACUGCGUUGCAGAGGACAAAACUGUACGAUUCGAGAUACAACAGGCCAAACUGGAAUGGGUCCUGGCGCAGCAAGAUAAGGAGAGAGCCGACACAAGCUUCAAGCGUGGCUGUAUGUUCUGUCGAACCGAGUUCUCAGGCUCGCGUAACUCUUACUUACAGCAUCUCUCCCGAAAGCAUAAUCUACAACUCGGAAGACCUGAGAAUUUAGUUUUUGUCGACGAGUUAUUGGACAUGCUGCAAAAUAACGUUGAGAAACUGAUAUGUUUUUACUGCGAAGGUGUGUUCAAGGAUCGUAAUACACUGAAAGAACACAUGCGGAAGAAACUUCAUAAAACACUUAAUCCAGCGGACAAAAAGUAUGAUAAAUUUUAUGUCAUCAAUUAUCUGGAACCCGACAGAAAUUCACAACAGAAGCAGAAUUGCGUUGACGAUUCUGAGGAUCCAACUGGCUUCACCAGCGGCAGUGAGGAUGGUGAAAAUGCAUGGUCUGAUUGGGAUGGAGAAAGCGUCGAUGUAGUCUGUCUAUUUUGUCCUUACAACAAUCGCGACUUCGCUAACAUCCUCAGUCACAUGAUCAGCAAGCAUCAAUUCAAUUUUGAGGAAGUAACCAAAGACUGCGAUUUUUAUCAGAGGGUGAAGAUAGUAAAUUUUGUACGAAGACAAAUUCACAUACAAAAAAAGUGCGUAUUUUGCGAUGAGGCCGCAAAUGAUCUUGGCGAACACAUGAGUCAAUUACGCCAUUGUAAACUACCUGCUCGUCGUGUUUGGGAUCAGCCAGAAUACUAUUUUCCAACGUAUGAAAACGAUUCCUUUCUGUACAAUCUCGAAGUAAGUGGUGGCGACAACCAAGAUUCUGAUAUGGAUAACCUUUCUGCAGAAAUGUAAGGAGCAACCUGUGAAUAAAACUGUGACUCAACCGACUAAAAAUCGAACUGUAAAAUGUAUAUACAUAUAAUUGAGUGUGAGGUUAUUUGUAAAAAAAAAGUAAGAAAUGAUUAUUUGUACAAAAGUAUGUUUAGUUAAAUUAUGAUUGCCCGUAAUAAUUUAUUAAAUUGUUAAAAGUUUGUGUAAAAAAAGAAAGAAAAAAAUAUAUAUAUUUCGCGUUACUAUAA